AUGGACAAAGUAAUUCGAAGACAACAAGUUCUUUCAAUAUACAGAAAUAUUCUCAAGGAAUCAUCAAAAUUUUUUGAUGAUAAUGCUAAAAUAUUCUUAAAAAAUCGAACUCGCAAGAGAUUUAAAGAGUAUAAAGAAGAAACUGAUGAAACCAGAAUUUUAAACAAAUUGGCUGAUGCCCGUCAGGCACUGUAUAGGAUUAAGAGAGCCAAUGUAUUUGAUAUCAAAUCUGUUAAUCGUAUUUUAGAAUUAACAUAUGGAAGGAGGGGGCCCAUGAAACAUCAAUUACUUAAGCCCAUUAUAAAUGAACCGAGCGAGGCUCCCAAACCCAUUGUUCCGGGUUUUCCAAGAACUGCACCACCACGAAUGUCACAAACACUUCAAACAUUAUUGUCAUCGCAAGUGAAAAAUUUAUAUCCUACAUUACCGGAACCAAAACAUAAACCUUUAUACCCAUCACGAAAAGCAAAUUUAUUAUGGAGACAUUAUUCAAAGAUAAUGAAAACUGUUCUGCCACCUGUGGAUGAUGUCACAUUGGAUCAAUUAGAAAAAAAUGCUGGAAAAGGCACCCUAACAGGACAAGGAGUUGCAGAUAGAAAUAUAUCAUUAAGAAAUCAUAAUUUUGAUGGAUUAAAUAGAUUAAGAAUUCCUAAAAAUACAGGAGCACCAAAAAGUCCGCGUGAUCAUGUAAAAGAAGGACCAUAUUGUAGUGCUAGACCUCAUAACCCGAGGCCUCGCUUUAUACGACGAUUAUAUCAGAGAUUAUUAACUAAGAUACCUAUCAUGAAAGAAGAUACCGAGUCAAAAUAUUCUAAUCCAAAUAUAUUUGAAAAUAAAAAUAAUUACUCAUCUACUGUCACAUUACCAAAAAAACGACAUAUGAUUACUAAAUCUCCAUGGGCAAAUGGACGUCCCCUUCCGUUGGUAAAUCAUAUGGAUUGGCAAGGAUUAGACCCUGUUGAAGUAGAAAAACUUAUCGAUGAUAAAAAGACUCCAAAAUUAAAAAAAAUUCAUACUGGAGAUAAUUUGCCUGUCUAA